GUCGACAACAUCUCACUAUGGAUCGACCCACGAAAAGGAGGAGGCUAUCGCUUCCCGACGACGAACAUGACGAUGAUGACAUCUCCAGCAAUCCGCAGGAAAACUCGCCGAACCCUGGCGGGGACGGCCACGCAGCGGAGGUGAACGUUCCCACCAACACCGUCUCUCGAAUCAAGGCCAAGGCAAACCCGCAAAAUGGACUGCCUCCUCCUCCAUCAAACCCCAACGGUGCGCCAGCUACUAUCCUCGCCUCCACAGAUGAGGAUGAGCAGACGACUUUUGCCAAGCUGGGAGUCGAUCCAUGGCUAGUCACAUCGCUAUCCCACAUGUCCAUCCGUUACCCCACGCGCAUCCAGAAGGGCUGCAUUCCUCAGAUCGUGGCCGGGAGCGACUGCAUCGGUGGCUCACGCACGGGCUCGGGCAAGACGGUCGCUUUCACUGUCCCCAUCCUGCAGCAAUGGGCGCGAGAGCCGAGUGGCGUCUUUGCUGUGGUCAUGACGCCUACUCGAGAAUUGGCUCUGCAAAUCUACGAGCAGAUUGAAGCACUCGGCACGAGGCAGGGUCUGCGAUGCGCCCUCAUCACCGGCGGAGGAGAUAUGAGAGCGCAGGCCCUCGAUCUCAGCAAACGACCUCAUAUCGUCGUGGCGACCCCCGGACGACUCGCUGCGCACGUGGAAACGUCUGGCGAGGACACCAUAUGUGGGCUGCGCCGGGUCAAGUUCGUCGUCUUCGACGAAGCCGACCGGCUGCUCGCUAGUGGCAAAGGAAGCAUGCUUGAUGACUUGGAGACUUGUCUAUCCGUCAUGCCUGCGCCAACCCAUCGACAAACAUGUCUCUUCACCGCCACUGUCACCCCCGAGGUGCGCGCUCUCAAGGACAUGCCGCGCGGUCCCGGUCGGCCUCCCGUCUUCGUGUGCGAGGUCGACACGGAAGACUUGGCCGUGCCCAAAACUCUCACACAAACCUACCAGCUGGUGAAUGUCGUUCACAAGGAGAAGUAUCUGCAUGUCCUCCUGUUGACUCCCGCAAACGAGGACAAGAACAUCAUCAUCUUCUGCAACCGCACGUCUACCGCUACUUUGCUGGAAUACAUGCUUCGUCUACUCGAACACAGAGUCACGGCACUCCACUCCGGACUGGAAAAUCAGCAACGCACCUCGAACCUCGCCCGCUUCCGUGCUCGCGCAGCAAGAAUCCUCGUCGCCACCGACGUUGCCGCCCGUGGUCUCGAUAUUCCCGAAGUGGGCGUGGUCAUCAACUACGACCUCCCCCGCAAUCCCGAUGACUACAUACACCGUGUCGGGCGUACGGCGCGAGCUGGGCGGAAAGGGUUAGCAAUCAGUCUGGUCGGGCAACGCGACGUGGAACUGGUCCAUGCUAUAGAGGCGCGCGUGGGUGGUGAGAUGGCAGAGUACGCCGAGGAUCGGGUCAGUGUGGAAGGCAGAGUUGUCAGGGACGCGCUCAAUCUGGUGGGAGAGAAGAAGAGAGAGGCGAUGCUGAAUCUCGAGGAAGGGAGGGACGUGAAGGGAAAACGGGUGCGCGGCAUGAAGAAGAUGAAGGCGCGGUGACGAUUGCCUCGCACCUUAGCAAUGUGACCUACAGUCUGAAUCUCGUCGUCAAAAUGUCUGAACAUGCCCAACCGGCGAACCAUAAGCCACUGUUGUGAUUUGUACGAAUGGUAUCUACACGCCCUAAGACGAGGUUGAGUUGC